UUUCGAAAUCUGUACCCGUCGGCUAUUUAAAUCCUCGCCUACACGAUCUUUCACAUAGCCGCCGUUGUGUCUAAGAGAUCAAGAUGCGCCAGUUUUUGGUUUUAGCAGCGUUCCUUGCAGUUGCCCUCUCUUGGCCAUUAAAGAGGUCCGAAGGUGAUUUCGAACACUGGUUCGGAGCCUACAAUGUCGGCGAAGACGAUGUUAACAACGCUUCCCCGGAAGAAGCCGAGGCCUACAGAAAGAAACUGAUGAAUGACGCCAACCGCAUGGACAUGGCCAUCAGCGCUCUCUUCAACGGUGACUUAUCUAAAGCGGAGGACGUGUUCGAUGGCCUUGGAUUCAUGAUGGCCCUUGCAGAACAUGACGCCAAGAACGGAGAAAAUGACAUCGCCGCCCAUGAUAUUGGAGAGAGAUACAACUGUGUUGAAAAAGCCGAAUCCAUUGAUGAUUGUGACAACAAAUUUGGAUCCAUUCUGCAGUGCGUACAAGCUGGAGUUAGAGACCUUAAGAAAGUUCUAAGCGACUCAUCUCUGACAAAUGUCGAGAAAGUUUCCAUAGUGAAGGGAAUUUGCAAUGGUCUCGGAAAAGAGGCUGAGAACAUCUUCCAGGCGGCAGGGGAAUGUUACGGAGAAAAGGAAGAGAAGGAAGAGAAUCACUGGGAGGGAGCUUGGAGAGCCACACAGGAAGAAAUUGAACGUGUCCCUGAUGAUGAGCUCAAGAGAUACAAGGAGCUGAUGAGGAAGGACCUGUGGGGACUGAUACACGCCAUCAAUAGAGUUCUUACUGAAGCUGGAACCAAGGAAGACGAGUAUAUGAUCGGCGGGGCCAUUGCCGGUAUGGCGUAUCUCGCAGAACUCGACGCCAAAAAUACUGAAUCCUCCGUCGCAGCGGCCCCUCUCCCUGAGGGAUACAAUGAUGGCUGUACCAGAGCUGAUUUUGACGCCGCGGUUUCCUGUGAUGCUAAGUUCGGCAAGAUUCUUGGCUGCAUCGCUGGAGCCGCCGGUGACUUACUCGAUAAACUAGAGACUCAAUCAGCUGUUGAGUUUGUUGGGUAUGCCAAAUCAGUUGUGGCCCUGAUCGCAAAAGAAGCAGAAUACAUCGGCAAAGAAGCAGAAGCCUGUUAUCCAGAGGAGCGCAGUCUGAACUUGAGUAAGAAGCCGACCAACAGGCUGGGCCAUGCCAAGAAGAGUCUGACUAGUGCCAACAAGGAGGAGCUGAAGCGUCUGUUGAAGGAGUACCUCAACAGCCGGAAGUAAACCAAACCGAAACUAGACCGAACCGGAAGUUAUUAUUAAUUACUCUACACGACGAGAAUCGCAUGCCCAAGGACAAUCCUUUAUUUUUCUGAUUUCUAACAUUUAAAACAUUUCUGUUUUGAUAGAAACAUUUUUGACAGAAUGAAUAUAUUUACCGUGCCAUUUUAAUAAAUUAAUUUUUCUUGCAAAA